AUGUCGUAUUACGAACCUGCUGCUGCGCCUAGAGGCGGCGCAUGGCCUAACGCCGGCCAACCCGGUGGUUGGGACGCUCGUGGUAACAACAACGGACAGACUGUGCCUUUCCAGCGCCAGUUUCCACCUGAAGGCACGGACGUCUCAUCGCGCCCUUCCUCUGCUCGUCUAAAAACCGAGGAGCCUACGGCUUUUGGAUCCCAACUUGACGAGGUUGACCGCGCGGUUGAUAACCUUGUUAAGAGCGGAAAGAUGUUUGCUGGUCGUCGUGAAUCGAUGCCGAUACUCCCAGCUGCACUGCCCCAGCCAAGAAUUUCUCAGAUGCAUCGAAACUACUCCGCCGCUGGCCCGGGCUACGAAGACCUGAUGCGCAGCCAAUCUGCUGCUAACUUGCAAAACUACUAUGCCACGGCCCGUUUCGCUCCUCGUCAAGCCGAACAGGACCAAAUGAUGCAAGCUAAGAGGCGUCUUGCUGCUCAGCGCGAAAGGGAGCUUCGCAACUUUCACCAGGAGCAACAAUACAAUCGCAGUACGUUAGGGGAUAUCUCCAAUCUUGGAUUCUGCAUUCCAGAGCCCCUUUCGGACCGAGUGACUGACCCAGCCAUUUUAGCCGAGAUGUCCAAUUUCAAUACCAAGGACCGCGUCAUUAGCCCAGGGAGCAUGACCGACGAGGAACGCCGCGAGCUCAUUGCUCGUCAACAUCGUGCUCUCUACGGCGAACGUCGUGAGGAAGAGCCCUUGGGGGCCUUCGACCUUCACUCUCGUGGAUCCAACCCUCCAUCUACUGCUGGAUCUGUUAGCGGAGGGACUCGGGGACCUUCGCCUCUUGGUGCAUUUGAUCCUUUUGGCUAUCAAAAUGGUAGUCAGGAAGGAUUGAUCCAAACUCCAUCCAAUGAGCAUCCUGUCGGCGCCACCAACGGAGUUUCACCAACUCGUUCUCGCACCAACAGUGUGUCUUCGCCAUCUUCAAAGGGUCCUUACGGUGUUCACCAGGACUUUACCAAGACUACGCAGUCUAGCCGCACUUCUCCCAGCGGAUCUCCUCCAAGGCUUGGCCGAGUCUCCACUACCCCGGUCACCAACUCCGGCGUCGCCCCAAUCGGAACUCGACCAAUCAGCAGCUCUCAAAUUCCUCCACCAAACGGCGGAUUGCAGAAGCGAUCCACCACCCCAAUCCCAUCCCCAUUGGGGUAUAGCAACUAUCCUGGUGAAGAAUCUUAUCAUAGCCCAGGUAACUCUAAUGUGGCACCCGGAAGCAACAAGCCUUCUGGAAACGAGCGAUCAGCAUCUGCUGCAUCCAACCACACUACGUCCUCUCAAGAUCCGUCCAUCGCUUGGGGCAGCAAAGUCUGGGGCGGCAGCAAGGGUCUCGGAACCGUUGCCAGCGUUUGGGGUUAA